AUGCGCCGCCCACCGGCCCCGAGCGCCGCCGCCGACGGGGACGGCGGCAGCGGGGGCGGCCCCGGCACGGCGGCAUCGCUGGGGCACGCGCGAGGAGAGGGCGGGGGGCUGCGGGCGGCGGCGGCCCCGGCGCGAAGGGCGGCGGGAGAGGGGCCGGGGUCGCGGCUCCGGGGUGUGCCCGGUGGGAACGGCACCCACGAGGGGCUCUCGCCGGUGCUGGUGGGUGCCGUGGGUGCUCUGGGUGUUGUCAGUGCCACCUGGUGCUGCCGGUGCCACCCGGUGCCACCCGGUGCUGCCGGUGCCAGCCCGUGCCGCCCGUGUCCCCGCAGGCACACGGCCCCGUGCGGGCUCCGGCUGCGGCAGCAGCGGCCGGGCCCCGCGGGUGCGGAGCCCCGAGCGCCGCCCAGCCGCGGCUUCCUGAGCCUCGGCAACAAGCGCAAGGAGUACUCGGAGCGGCGCAUCAUCGGGUACUCCAUGCAGGAGAUGUACGACGUGGUGGCCAACGUGGAGGACUACAAGAGCUUCGUGCCCUGGUGCAAGAAGUCCGUGGUGGUGGCGCGGCGCUCGGGGCACCUGAAGGCGCAGCUGGAGGUGGGGUUCCCACCCGUGCUGGAGCGCUACACCUCCAUCGUCACCCUGGUGCGGCCCCACCUCGUCAAGGCCGUCUGCACCGACGGGCGCCUCUUCAACCACCUGGAGACCAACUGGCGCUUCAGCCCCGGCAUCCCCGGCUACCCCCGCACCAGCACCGUGGAUUUCUCGAUCUCCUUCGAGUUCCGCUCCCUGCUGCACUCCCAGCUGGCCACCGUGUUCUUCGACGAGGUGGUCAAGCAGAUGGUGGCCGCCUUCGAGCGCCGCGCGGCCAAGAACUUCGGGCCCGAGACCCGCAUCCCGCGGGAGCUGAUGUUCCACGAGGUCCACCAGACGUGAGGGAGGCCGGGCCGGGCACCCCCGGACUGUGCCGGGCCCGCCCCGAGCCCACCCCCCCCAAAAAAUAUUUAUUCAAGAAGUGCGUUUCCGCUGCUGUUGCCUCAACGCCCCCCGGGGCUGCCGUGAGCCCCCGGCCCCAGGAGCUGCUUUUGCAGCUGAUUUGGGGUUUUAAGUUUUGGUUUAGUUCUUGAUUUUUUUUUUUUUGUUGGGUUUUUUGUUUUUUUUUUUUUUUUAACCCUUUUUUUUUUUUUUCGUUCUUUUUAAACUCCUCGGCCGGGCCGGAGGGCCCCGGUGGGGGCAGCUCCGGUGCCUGGGCCCCGCCGUGCUCCGGGAGGAACGGGGAGGGGGGGGUUUGUUUGGGGGGGGGGGUGGGGAAAAGCUGCU